GGGAGCGGGCGCGAAAUCGCUCUCUUCGCCGUCGCGCGCGCCGCUCGCGCGUAUCAUCUUAGCAUCGAACCUGCCCGCGACGCGCAGCAUCCGCUCGCGGACAGUGUCUGUUCGGACGUCGUUCGGAGCAGAGCACCAAGCGCACCGCCGACUCAGCACGCGAGCGCGCGCUCUCGACGCGAGUAAAAGUUUUUCAAGUGCGCUGCGCAUUGUUCCAAACUUUGCAAAUCAAACUUUUAUUAUCACAUCAGUUAAUUACAAGUUGCUCUUCGACCAACAACACAUCCAGCAGAUCAUCACUGACAACUUUAUCAGACAACUGUAUUCUACACGCACGUGUUUUUCAAGCGCACGUGGCUUUUCAACUUGUCUACACAACCCUAAGACGCCUCGAGUGCGAAAUGUGCCACUUGUAUCCUCGGUGCCAGGGAGAGGAUUCGGUGAUCCUGCCAGCCGGCCACCCGCAGACUGAACUAAUUUCAGUGCAAUUGUUGUAAACCGCGCCGGAAGCAGAAAAACAGUGUGAAAAUUGAUUUUUUGAAUAAUUUUAUCAACGAAUACUGUGUUUUGUCGCAUCAUUUUGGGAAAAAAGUUAAGAAUCACAAGUGAGGAUUUUGUCGAAGAUUUUCAUCGACGAAGCCUUCAACGAUCCCAGAAUCCUUAAUGAACAUUGUGGACCAAUCGCUACCGUCGUGGCUCCGCUACCUGCCCCCGAAACCGCCCUCGUCGUCAUCGCACACGCCGUACCCCGCCGCUUCCAGCCAUCGCAGCGCCGCCGCCGCCGCCAUGAGAGAGAAGGACUCGUCGCCGCGCAAGAUGCUGGUAGCGACGAGCGGUCACAGCAGCCCCAAGCAAGCGGCGGUCUAUCCCUCUGUACGCGUGCCGCCUCCGGAUGACGACGCGCCCUUUGAUCUGUCAUCGCGUAAGAGCGCAGCGUCGCCCGUCCCACGCGGGCCACACAUGUCGCCUGCCAGCCGACCCGCCGCCCAGGAAGAGGCGGAAUAUGAACAGCCACUGGACCUGCGCGUUGAUCACAAGAAAUCCAUACUGCGCGCUGCCGCCGCCGCGCGUGGCCUUGGUAAAGACGAGAAUUCGAACGUGAUUGCAUCGGAGACGGAUAAAAUGGGCGGGACACUGCCGCCCCUGCCGCCUACAGCUCUUGGGCAAGGAUCACUUGGUGUUGGUAACUUCCCAGUGCUUUUCCCACCGCAACCCAUGCAUCCGAUGAUGCUGGAGGCGAUGUAUCGCGCGCAGAGUAAAGUACCCAUACAGUAUCCGCGUUAUCCGCCAUUCCUGCCCACAUCAAUGCUGUCCCCGACGUCUCCGUCGUUUGACCUGCUCCGGGCGCCUACCCUGACACCUGUGAGUAAAUUUGAUCCACCUACACCCACAGCCACUACGAAUCUACCACCCGGAGGCGGUGGGGGUACCGGGGGUAGUGUUGGUGGUAAGGUAAAGGAUCGCUACGCCUGUAAAUACUGCGGUAAGGUAUUCCCACGUUCCGCGAAUCUCACGCGCCACCUCCGGACGCACACUGGUGAACAACCGUACAAAUGCCGCUACUGCGAGCGCUCAUUUUCGAUCUCCUCCAACCUGCAGCGGCAUGUACGCAACAUCCACAACAAAGAAAAACCAUUCAAAUGCCCAUUAUGCGAGCGUUGUUUUGGUCAACAGACUAAUCUAGACAGGCAUUUGAAGAAACACGAAGCCGACGGUCCUACUAUCCUCGAUGAACGCGCGCUCCAGCGGCGCUCGUUCCAAGGACGCGCGCUCAACGAAGAGUCCUACUUCGAGGAGAUCCGUAACUUCAUGGGUAAGGUAACAGAAGGGAGACUGGCGCUGGGCGCGCCGAGUUUCGAGCGGUUGGAAAAACUCGAACGUUUUGAAAAACUCGGAUUGUUACCGAUUAAUCAACUCGCUGGACUUGGAGCCGCCGCGCAGAAUAACAACAACGAUGUGUCCACCAUGAACAACAACCAAAUCAAGGCGGAAAAAGUGGAUGAUAUACCGGAGAAGAUGGAUGCGGAUGCGAAGGAUGUGGAGGUGAAACUCGAGCGGGAUUAUUGCAGUUCGAGAUCAUCGACGCGCUCAUCAAGCGCGGCGUCCAGUCGAUGUGACAGCGUGGAUAAAGAAGAUAAACUUGACCGGAUGGAUGCGAAAGACGACGAGAAUCAGGAUAAUAACAAUGUGCCGAUCACGAUGACGAUGACGACGCGGCGGAGGAAGGCGUCGUGAUCGUGUGUAGGUCUAGCGAGGUAACAAAAAUUCUUUAAAAAAAAUGAUUUUUUACAACAUCAGGGGUGAUUUUUGUUCGGUUUCCUUCACUAUUCGUUAAUUAUUUGUGUCUACACGCGAGGAAAACACUGCGGAUUCUUCCCAGACGACGCACUAAUUAAUUACACUUCUUUCUUGCUUGUUUCAUGUGUUUCUGUUGCAUCUUCGGCAUUUUUUCCCGACCGCUUACGUAUGAAAACGUAACGUUUUCCACUUUUAACGAGUCGCUUUAAUUGCCGGCGUGAUUUCUGCGAUUUCUUCGAUUCCCCGGACAGUUACGGCUAAUUAAUUGCCGUAUAACUCGCCGCUGACAUUUAAAGCGCUAAACGGCGAGUAAAACAACAAUUAAUUGAUUAUCGCAUUCGAUCGCCGGCAGUGUGCGCUUUUCAGGCGUUUUCGCCGCCUAAAAUUUAUCCGCGCGCGCUGUGCUCGCCGCGUCUCUUGGGUGGAAGAUGUUGAGAUUGAGAAACUUAUGAUUUAUGUGCGCGCCGCGCGCGCGGUUAAUUCGCUCGGGCCGCUCGUUAGCGAUAUAAACAUGUCACAUUUGACGCCAACGCGCCGCCGCUCUUUAACGAGGCAUUAAAUGGUCGCGCGCGCGCGCCGCGAUCGAAAAUUGAUUCGAAAAGAUUCAUGAGUGUCGCCAGCGCCGAGGACAAAUUGAUCUCUAAUAUAUUAUUACCAUUCGAAUGCGCGAGUUGUGAGUUGUGUGUUGUUACGCUGUGCGUUAACAUUGAAUCACUUCGCUCUCGUUUUCGACCGGCUCGGGCGGACUUAAUUGAUGCCCGCCGUAUUGUUCUCGGCGCGCGCGCUGAUGCAAAUUGCAAUGCGCAAGAAGCCCGCCGAAGACGCGCGCCGCGCACAACAAUGUCGAAAAUUGAAUGCAAGGUCGCGGCGCGGGCGCUCCAAUUCUCAGCGGCUCAUUCAUCGCGCGGUGUUUCGCGGUGCUCGUUAAUAACGGCAUAAUAGCGCUAAUAACCGCACGCCGCAAGACAAUACACGUGGAUUACCUCAUCGCGAUCGCGAAAAACGAAAAACGAAACUAAAUUGUCGAAAUAAAUAAAAAAAAAUACUUGAAUAAUACACACAGCAUCCACCGGAAAUCGAUUUCGUUGUGAAUCGAGUGCCACCCGUCGGGUUCUUGUAUCCAACGGGAGGAAAUUGCCUAAAAUCAACGCGUAAUGCGAUCUCCGCGACAGGAAGUCGCGCCUAAUCACCGAUCGCGCCAAAAACACUUUCGUCUGCCUGACUUUCAUCGCUUCAUCUUCUUAAUACCGGUCAUUUUCGGGUCUGUACUUGUUAACAACACACUUUAACACGUUGGGAAGUUUUGUUUUAAUUUCCGGUGCGCGGUUAUUUACUCUUGAACUGUUUUCUUCUUCUUUUCACCGCUGUAUCCUACUUAAAAAUCUUUAAGAUUUCCAAAGGGUCUUUGUGCACUUUGUUCUUCUAUUGAUCACAACACGUAAAAAGCGCGCGAUGUGAACGAAAACGAAAGCAAAUCGAGAGCAGUCAUUAAUAACGACUUAAUCAUAACUUAAUCGUUUCAUUAGAAGUCAUCACGGCGUAAUCGCUCGAUCUGAUUGAUCCAUCGUUUGGUGGACGGAUCGAUUUCUAUUUCGUUACGUCAGCCAUUUUUUUUUUCGGCCGACGAAUUUCUUUUUUUCAAUUUCUUCUGCACCGGAUUUUGUUCUGCGAGUCUUUUAUUUCAUGCCUUUCAAUUAAUUUCCUUCAAGUCUUCUUCACGGCUGAUAAGAACGAAAUAGAAAUUCCGCGGCGAAGAACUGGAGCGGACGCCGGGCGCCCUCCGGCGGAUCUCUAAUAAUUGUGCGGCUCGAAUUUUUGACUCACAAUCAUUUACAGCGACGUCGGCAUUAAAUGCAAAUUGCUCCAAUUUCCAGGCGUGCGCGCGAAGCGCAAGUGGCGACGUUUUUACGCGCGCGAUUUCUAAUGUCAUCGUAAAACCUAAUUAAUUCACUUUUGCGCCGCUCGACGCUCGUUUUCGUUAAUUAAUUAAGUGAUAAACAUUUCGUACUGCGUGUCGACUGCUACUGUUUCUGCUUUCUUUCGCUGCAUGUUACACAAUUUUCGGUGCGGAUGAAAUUUUUCGAUGAUAUUCUGCGCUCGAAAUCCAAUGAACCGAAGAAGCGCGCUGGUGGAGAAAAAAGCGCGCCGCGCUGAAAUUGAUGCUGAUGAAUACGUAUAGUAAUUGCCGGCUGGUCGAGCAGAACAAGAGCAGGAACCGCUCGCGGUACGUGCGGCGUCUUCCUGCAAGUAGGCUAAGCCUAACCUCGCGCGCAAUCGCCUUCUAACGGUAACUUCGUCGCAGUCAUCUUCAUCUUCUUCUUCUUGGUCUUCUUCUGCGGGCACUUCUGGUCGUAACAUGUAAUGUGUAUCAACUUUUUCUUUUGUGUGCCGGUCGCUCUUUGUGUGCGCUGAGCUAUGCUGAGCGCAUCACAACACUUUUUGCGCGUUUGAUUCUUUUCGGUUUCUUAAUUCUAUUUGAUUUGCCUAACCGACACCCACCGAUGUGCGGCUUUGUUGUCCACAUCAAGAUAAACACGUAGACGUUUAGACGAGUUUUUAACCGCCACCGGAGGCUGGAAACCGUUAGAAUCACCGCGCCGCAUUUUCCACUCGCUUUCCACUUGAUUCAACAAACAAUAAAUUUCAUCGCGAAAUCAUUCACACUCGGCUGGAUUUGUUAAUUUUAUUGUGCGUUGUGUUACACACUGUGCGAAUUAUUGCACAAAUAAAUCACGCACGAAUUAACGAAUCAUCAAAGACUCAUCAGCGCGCUAAUAAACUCAUCAGCAACAUUAAUUAAUUUCUAAUGCAUCACUUUUCACUUUCCACGCUCGGCGUAUGAAUUUUCCUGCGUUUUCUUGACUUUUCCGUGUUGCCAACUUUCUUUUUCAUCGCAAUAAUUAAAAAGCGCGCAAAUCACCUAAUUUUUUUCGCUCCUCAUUUCCUCAAUUUUCACAUCAUCCACGAAAUGCAGUGUUUCUUCUCGGUGCAUACAUGAUGAAAUUCAGCGAGACUUCCUACUACAAACGCAUGUGCCACAAACGAAACAAAAACCGUACAAAACAAACAAGUACAACUAAUUUUACACGUUUAACUAGUUUACUCUCACUUAUUAUACAUUUUUAUAUAAAACAGUUACCAGUAAGUCUAGGAAGUAAAAAAAGUGAUAUGGAAAUUUUCCCCGAGAAAAAAAAAAUCACCCCUGUGCGAAUACAACGAAUUUUUGAUCCAAAAUUCCACACACAACGAAAGUACAAUCCUACGUAAUCACGCAACGAAGACGCACGUAAACUAAAUUAAUAUAUAGGCGCCUUAAAGUUAAAACCUACGAUAAACAUGUAACAAGUAACGCUCGAUAUAUUUAACAAUAUGUGUUCCUUUUUAUUUCCGACGUCGUACAAUCUUCCUGCCUGCGAUGAAGCUGCAAACGCUUUUCUUGCGAAACUCUUAAGGUUUAAUGAUAGAUGUUAAUUAAUCAAUUAAUUAACUCCAGCUAGCCCGGGCUGUCGCGGAGCCCGGGAGGAACUCUCUACGAAUUUGUUCCUAAUGUGUGUGUGAAUGCGUUUUAUUUUUAUAAAAAUAAAUAAAUGUAAUUUUAUUCUUAAAUAUGUAAAAAAAUUUGUAUAGUUUGUAAACUCAACGAUGCACGAUUCACUUUAAUUAAUUUUAUUAAUUAAGUCACCUACGAUCAUAGUUACCUAUGUAGAUGUAUAAUACUGUAAUUGUUUGUGUUUUAUAUUUUUCUCUUUCUGUAACAGAAUGCGUUGUUCUUAGAGCUCGUUAAAAAUGACAAUUUGAACGGCGUGUGCGUUCGAUGACGCAGCGUUCCGCGCGCACAGGACACAGGAGACAUAGUCAAUUAGAUGGUUACCAAUUAAUUAAUAUGUGUACGUACUUAAGCUUUAUUUAAUUUAAACAGCGCGAGCAUAUUCUCGAACGGAACGUCUUGUAGUCAUAUCAUAUCGGAAAUUUUUGUAACAUUUGUGUUUUUUUUUUGUGUAUUUUGGAUUUCGUUUCGUAAGUGUAUAUUGUUUCUAUUUCUAUUUUGUAUAAAAAAAACACAACACACAGGUUAAUUAUUAAAAUGCCACACACUUUCAACGCAUUUUUUGUACAUGGCAUGAGUAAUGACACCGGUUGCUUGGCGUGCGGAUGGAUUUACAACAAUUAUGUCUCUGUCAAAAGUGUUACACAUUUUUGAGUCUUGUCUUUCUUAAACUACUACCUACUAUUAGCUUGUAAGUUAAUGCAAUUUGUGUAAACACGAAAUUUUUAUAAAUAAAAAUUUACAUGAA